AUGGCGCCAAAGACGCCGCCAUUUUCGCAGCUCGACAAAAUGGCGACAAGGACAUGCACAUCCAGUUGGCUCUGCCGCCUGCUGCUAUUCGGCUUUUGCAUUGGCGCCGCUGCCGCUCGAGACAUCCCAUUGCCGAUGGUCCACACGGAUGAGGUGGCCUUCUACUGCCCGGGCGAAGGUCUGUUUGCUGACGACUACGAUUGCCGGAUUUAUUACCGCUGCGAGCGGCGGUCAGGCCAAUAUAUUCAACCCUACCUACUGGCCUGUCCCGAGGAUGCGGUCUUCUCGCGCUCGCUGCGUAUGUGUCUGCCACCCGCGAUGGCGGGGCGAGAUGAGUGUGUGGACCAGAUGAACGAGGUGGACGGAAGCGCGGAGCGGUGGGAACAGGGCUACGGACAGGACGAGCAUAAUGCGAUGCUUAACCUGGCCGUCACACCUGCGGCCAAUGAGCUGCGGCUGUAUGCCUCGAACCACCGGUUGCCCACGAAUUAUGGUCUGGCAGGACUCAGCGGUGUCUCUGUCAUCUCCUUCUCCAGCUCGUCGUCGCCAUCGGGCCUGCGAGCUGUUGGCUCGGCGGAGGAGGCCGACGGGGUGAUAUGCCGUGAUGAUGGCUUCCAGAGCGAUCCCAGCGACUGCACCGUGUUCUAUCGCUGCAUCUCGAACGGACGGGGCUAUAACAAAAUCGGCUUCCGGUGCUCCGACGGCACCGCGUGGGACGAGUCCCUGCAGUCCUGCAACCACAUGUUUGACGUACGUGCCAAUGGUGGUUGCCGCAAUCAGGCGGCGCCACAAAACGAUGGCUACGAUGCCGGCCAAACGUCAACACAGUCCUCGCAGUCCAGCUACCAGAACUCCACCUCCUCCAGCAGCCAGCAGAGCUCCUCGACCAGUUCCUCAAGCUCCUCGCAAAGCUCGACAUCCAGCUCGACGUCCAGUUCCAGCUCAAACCAGGAGUCCUCCACUUCCAGCAGCAGUCAGCAGUCGAGCUCCUCGUCUAGCAACAAUCAGGAGUCUAGCACGGGAUCUAGCAGCAACCAGGAGUCCAGCUCGGGUUCAAGCAACAAUCAGGAGUCCAGUUCGGGUUCAAGCAACAGUCAGGAGUCCAGCUCGGGUUCAAGCAACAAUCAGGAGUCCAACACGGGUUCCAGUAGUAACCAGGAAUCCAGCACUAGCGCCAGUAGUAGCCAAAGCUCUCAAAACUCGGGAAGCAGCCAAAGCUCUGGCAGCAAUCAGUCCUCUAGCAGUCAACAGAACCAAAGCUCUGGCAGUAACCAAUCCUCGAACAACAGUCAAAAUUCCGGCAGCAGCCAGUCCUCUGGCAGCAAUCAAAACUCUACCAGCAACAAACCCACCACAGCCACUGAAUGCGAAGAUGAAAAUACCUAUAUACCCGACCAGGAUAACUGUGCCAAAUUCUACAGAUGUCGUUUGGAUAAGGAUGGGAAAUUAGAACAUGUGCCUUUCACCUGUGGACCUGGCACUGUUUGGAACCAGGAAGACAAAGUCUGCGAUCUGCCAACGGAUGACCAAAAGAAGAAAUGCAACAUACAAUCGGGAUCUUCAAGUAGCAGUAAUAGUUCUGGCCAACAAUCUAGUGGAAGCUCCUCCAGCAGCAGCAACAAUCAAUCUUCUAGUAAUCAAGGCUCUUCCAGCAACCAAGGCUCAUCGAGUAAUCAAUCUUCCAGCAAUCAAGGUUCAUCUACCAAUCAAGGGUCUUCCAGCAGUCAAGGCUCAUCUAACAAUCAAGGCUCAUCUAACAAUCAGGGCUCAUCUAGUAAUCAAAGUUCAUCCAGCAAUCAAGGCUCUUCCAGCAGUCAAGGCUCAUCUAACAAUCAAGGCUCAUCCAGCAACCAAUCAUCCAAUCAAAGCAGCAAUCAAAGCUCAUCCAGCAAUCAAUCCUCCAACCAAGGCUCAUCUUCAUCGUCUAACAACGAAUCGUCCUCAAGUAGUUCCGGCACUCAAUCAACAACUUCCAAGCCUUCUAAGCCAUCCAAUCCUGAUGGUGAAUGCAAGGAUACUGAAACUUAUUUGGCAGAUAAAAAGGACUGUGCUCGAUUCUACCGCUGUGUAGAGAAUGAUAAUGGUGGAUUUAAUACGGUUCCCUUCGAUUGCUCACCGGGUACAGUCUGGGAUCCUGAUACAAAGGGCUGCAACCAUCCAACUGAUGUACAAAAGGAGCAGUGCAAGGCAAUGGCUAGUGGCACAGGCAGCUCUUCUAAUCAAGGAUCUUCUUCAAGCCAGGGAUCAUCUUCCAACCAGGGAUCUUCGUCCAACCAAGGAUCUUCUUCAAACCAGGAAUCUUCUUCCAACCAGGGAUCUUCGUCCAACCAAGGAUCGUCAUCGAAUCAGGGGUCUUCUUCCAAUCAAGGUUCUUCAUCCAACCAAGGGUCAUCAUCAAAUCAGGGCUCCUCUUCCAAUCAAGGAUCUUCUUCAAGCCAGGGAUCAUCGUCCAACCAAGGAUCGUCUUCAAGCCAGGGAUCAUCUUCCAACCAGGGAUCAUCGUCUAACCAAGGAUCGUCUUCCAAUCAAGGAUCUUCUUCCAAUCAAGGAUCGUCUUCAACAGGAUCAUCAUCAAAUCAGAGCUCGUCUUCGAACCAAGGAUCUUCGUCAAACCAAGGAUCGUCCUCUAAUCAGAGCUCGUCUUCCCAGCAAUCCUCUUCUUCUAACCAAACUUCUUCCUCCACCAACGAGGGAUCUUCAUCAACAACCACACAGAAACCCUUCAGACCUGCUGAAAAAUGCGAAAGUGAAGAAACAUUCCUGGCUGACAACGAAAACUGUUCCAAGUUUUAUCGCUGCGUGGACAACGGCAAGGGCGGAUUCACAAAGGUCUCAUUCACCUGUCCUCCAAACACUAUUUGGGAUCCCGAAGCUAACAGCUGCAACCACCCCGAUCAGAUUCAGACCAAGCCGCUCAAGUGCAAGAAAGUGAUAAAUCAGGGAGGAUCUUCAUCGAGCGGCAGUAACUCCUCUUCAUCCUCCAACCAAGGCUCCUCCUCUAACAGCGGAUCCUCCUCCAAUAGCGGAUCAUCCUCCAAUAGUGGUUCAUCCUCUAACCAAGGCUCUUCGUCAAACUCCGGUUCCUCAUCUAACACUGGAUCAUCCUCCAACAAUGGUUCAUCCUCUUCGAAUAGUGGUUCCUCCUCAAGUAGUGGCUCGUCCAAUCAAGGCUCCUCCUCAAACAGUGGUUCCUCGUCCAGCGGCAGCUCAUCAUCUUCAUCAUCAUCCAGCAGCAACAACAAUCAGGGUUCGUCCUCAUCGGCAUCAAGCUCAGCUUCCUCGAGCAGCAAUUCAAAUCAGGGAGCAUCGAAACCGAAUCCAUCAGAGAGCUGCAUGUUCAACGGACAAUUUAUUGGAGAUCGAACGGAUUGUGCCAAGUUCUAUCGCUGUGUGGAUAACGACAGAGGUGGCUUCAAUAUGGUGCCCUUCACGUGUGGCCCCGGCACAGUUUGGGAUGCUCAAACUCAGGCCUGUAACCAUGCAUGGGCUGUAAAGGAAUGCGGCGGAAAGGCCCCACCUACAACUUCGUCUCCGCCUACGACUUCAAGCACUACCACGAGGAGGCCCUCAGGACCUUCUUCCACAUCCAGGCCAUCGGAUCCAUCUUCCACAUCCAGACCAUCGGAUCCAUCUUCCACAUCCAGGCCAUCAGGUCCAUCAUCUACCUCUCGUCCUACGUCCUCCCCCACUCCCACUUCCCGUCCAUCGUCAAUACCCGGACCGACAUCCCCAGCAACCCAAUCUCCCAACACUAAUGGCCAGUGUAACUCCGAGGGCUUUAUGGCAGAUCCCAACAAUUGUUCCAAAUUCUAUCGUUGUGUUAGAACUGCCAAUGGUGGCUACAAUGCCAUUCCCUUCCAAUGUGGUGAUGGAACCGUUUGGGAUCAGGAUCUGCAAACUUGUAAUCACAAUUUCAACAACUGUAACACCGGUUCAACCACUCAAAAGCCAUCAUGUGAGCCAAACCAAAACAAUGGAACAAAUACCACAGAAACACCGCAGCCACCUAUAACAACAACAACACAGGCACCUACAACAACAACUCGGUCAACUACAACUACAAGACGUCCAGCUACAACUAUACCACCCACCACGACUGAUUUACCUCCCACUACAACGACUGGAUUACCUCCCACAACAUCCACAGAAAUGCCUCCCAGUACCACAACACCUGUUCCACCAAGUACAACAACGUCAAGUUCGGAAGGGGAAAGUACAACAAUGACCACAAAUCCGGAUACCACAACCCAGCAACCUACCACCACUUCAACCACAAUGAAACCACUACCAGCGGGCACAGAAUGCACGGGAGAGGGUUACAUGGCCGACCCCGAGGAUUGUAGGAAGUACUACCGAUGCAUUAAAGCCGGAUCCUCUUACAGAAAGUAUAACUUUACGUGUCAAGGCACUGGUUGGAAUGAAGACGUCCAAACUUGUGACUACAUGGAGAACAUCCCGCGGUUCAAAUUACCGCAGACCACGACAAACGAACCAAUGACGACCAUGCCAGGUGAGGAUUCCAAGGAUCCAGGAAGCACUACCACUCAGCCAACAACAACGGAAGAACCCACUACAGUUACAAAGCCCAACACGAAACCAACCACGGAAGAACCUAACAUGAAGCCAACCACUGAGGAAACCAACACGAAACCAACAACAACAGAAGAACCCACAACAGUGACAAAGCCCAACACAAAACCAACCACAGAAGACCCUAACACAAAACCAACUACUACUGAAGAACCCACAACAGUGACAAAGCCUAAUACAAAACCAACAACAACUGAAGAACCCACCACGACUAAUAUGCCAGGUUAUAGCCCAACAACGACAUCUAAACCUGUCGAAACUACAACCACUAUCCCAGGUUAUAAUCCAACGACGACUGAUCAGCCCAUAAUCGAACCUAUAACGACAACUGUUCAACCUACUACACCCACUUCUGGUGAGACUACAACACUCGAACCACCAUCAACCACUUCCCAGCCUGAACCUCAGCCAAACUAUAACUGCACUGGCGAGGGCUUCUUCCCCGAUCCCGAGGACUGUAUGCGCUACUACCGUUGCGUGGAUGCCGCCAAGAAUGGAAAGUACCUAUAUGCAUUCAAAUGCGGAAAGGGAACAGUUUGGGAUACGUCCACCGAAACCUGCAAUCACGCUGAUCAGGUGUCUGGCAAUUGCUCCUCGGGACAAACGACUUCUCCGGGAACCACAAUGGAACCAGAGACAACAACCAGUUCUGGAACCCCUGAGACAACUACGACGACAGAAGCACCAGCAACCACAACCACUGGAGCACCGGAAACAACCACCACAAUAGCACCGGAAACAACUACUACAGGAGCGCCUGAAACCACGACAUCUGAAAAGCCGGAAACCACUCCAAAGCCUGAAACUACAACCUCAAGUGGCGGCGAAACCACCACGAACCAACCAACGACUGAGAUGCCAACGUCCACGGAGAAUCCCACUCCCGGAACCAACACCUCAGAUCCUUGCCCAACAACCAAUCCUGGACAGAAUCUUUAUGUCUGCCCCACCGGAUUCCGCCAGCAUCCUGAGAAGUGUGGCAUGUUCUACCAGUGCAGCGAGAGUGUGGACAGCAACGACCUGAACAUCGUGGUGUUCCAGUGUCCCAAUGGAACCGUUUUCCAGGACAAGACCUGUAGCUGUGGCAACCCCAAGCCGGAUGACAAGUGCAGCAAGGACACAAAGAGGACCAGUGACUUUUUCCAGCAGGAAACGAAGCUUCAGAAUGUGGUACAAAUCACAUCGACGGCUCCACUCUGUCCGGAUGAGGGUCACUUCGCCCUGAAUAACGACGAAUGCGGCCAGCUAUUCGUUAAAUGUGGAUACUCAGAGCAGACGGGACGCAUCGAGGGCCAGAUCCAUCGCUGUCCUCAGGGAUUCGCUUACUGGAACGUGAGCCGGGGCUGCCAGCCAGCCAGGAAACUCAACUGCAAGAGCACCACCUACAAUGUGGGUGGCAAUGUGCCCUUGGAGUGGAUCAACAUUGAUCACAGACGCCGUAACCUACGCAUUUAAUUAGAAUUAGUUUAGAUUUGCUUAGUCGCACGCCAUUGUUUGUUUGCUAUGCCAGCC